AUGGGGAAGAAUCUUCUGCUGCUCCUGCUGGGCCUCUCCUUUGUGGUGGGCUUCCUGCAAGCUCUCACAUGUUUGCGGUGUGACAUGUUAAACUCUGAUGGGGUUUGUGAGAAAAAAAACUCCACCUGUGAGACUGUGGACGGCCAGGAAUGUGGCUUACUGGUUGCUUCUAAAGGUUAUGAUAUGUGGUUCGGGAUGCAGGAUUGUUCUUCCUUCUGUUUAAAUAAGACUUUCAACUUUCAUAAUGUAACAUUGGAUUUUACAUGUUGCCAUAACGAACCGCUCUGUAAUGUGUUUUAGUGGCUAAAUACGUUCUUGCCCUGUCCUGCUGCAGUGCUGUUCAUUGAAUCCUGGCUCAGGAGCAUGCCAGCAAACAUUCCACUACUGACCUUGUCUUGAACCCUAUAUCUUGGUCUUUUCAUCAUAUGCCUUUGAUGCCUUUUGUAGUCUAUUGUAGUGUAUUGUAUUGGAUGCUUUGCCAUUCACUGUGUACAUUUUAACAUUUUUCAUUA